AUGGGUUUGGCAGCAGUUAAAGGAGGAUCCAAUACCAGCAACGGCAACAAAGAAAGCAAAGGAAUGAGUUUACUCUUGGUGUUCUUCCAUGGCGGAGGAGACCAAAACAAAAUCACCACCAAUUCCUCCUUUGAUAACCAAAACACUACCACACCCAGAAGAUUCAUUAAAAGAACAAGCACUUCCACUCUCCUUUCCUCCAAAGCUCAGUCCACCAUUUCGAUUUGCCUUCUCUUACUCUUACUCACUCUUCUACUCUUUACUCUCUCUACUUUUGAACCUUCCCCCACCAUCAAAAACCCUCGUCGAAUCUUGUCCCAGAAUACCCAAUUUACUCCUCCUCCUUUUAAAAGCUUCUUUCCGAUGUGGGAUUAUAAGUCACUGAAUGUCAAGCAAAAACCCAGUGUUUUUCCCUCUUCGUUCGCUUUGCAGAGAAUGGGAACUUUGUAUAGACGUGGGACGAAAGCCAUGAACGAUCUUAUAGUCAGCCAUGUUGUUGAAGAUUUUACUGAAGAUGAACUCAGGCUUUUCUUAAGAGUCUUGCAUAGGUCUGGUAUCACUUCAAAAGCCGACAUUGUUUUUCUUUUUGCUUCUCCUUUUCUAUCUUCGAGAUUCAGCUUUGUUAUACAUGAAGAGAACGAGUCGUUCUUGAAACUCAUUCAACACCACGUAGAGUCUAAUAACAAGGGGUCCCGUGACUCGGUGCUCGGUUUUGACUCGACCCAGUUUUGGAAAUAUGGGAAGAAAGAUGUUGGGGAGACGGAGACUAUUUGGGGAAAGAAGGGGAGCCGAGGGAAUUCUUGCAAUUCGACUGCAGCUGAAAGCGAGUCAACGCGUUUGACUUACGGCUCGGUUGUGGGAUUCGAUGUGAACGAGUUGGAUCCAGAGAACUCGCUGGCUGGGUUUUUAGAUCACGUUUCGAUGAGUUUCAGAAGAUGGGCAUGUUAUCCAAUGUUAUUAGGAAGAAUCAGGCGAAAUUUUAAGCAUAUAAUGUUGUUGGAUGUUAAAAGCUUGUUGCUACUGAGUGACCCACUCGACAGUGUCAGGAAUCGGAGUCCCGAGUCUGUUUAUUUACUAACAAAGGAAAGCGGCUCCGGCAAGCAUGGCAAGAGGAACUCGGAUAAAACUAAGUCUCACUCUCAAAUAAACUCAGCGAUUUUGAUGGGCGGGGCUAGAGGAAUUCGGAGGUUAGCCAAUGCAAUGUUGACGGAGAUCGUUAGAGCUGCAAUGCAGCAUAAGAAGAAGAAGAAGGAUUCGAUAUCCGAGUCAGAAAUCUUGAGUCAACUCGUCGGCACUGGACAUGUAUUGAAGAAUGUUGAUUUGAUCACAUCGACCGAGUCAAUUCAGGAAGCGAGCUCACUCACGGGUUCGAAGUUCAACUCAGCUGGAUCAGAUUAUUCAAUAAUCCAACGCGGUAAUAGUAAUCAUGAUCUUAAUUCCGUAAUUAUGCAGCUAAUAUGUUUACGUGAAACAAAUUCUUAUGUUUAUAGGGAUUGUUAG